AUGCCUCCAUUAUUGAGAAAGAACGGAAAUAGAGGUGACUCUGACCGUGUACUUCGGAACCUAGUAAAAGCCCUAGUUGGUGCAAGAAAUCCCAGACAGAAAUCCUUGGAAGAGAGGGCUUCAUCGAUUAGUAAGAGAAUAGCCCAGAGUAAGCCAUUUACUUAUGAUGGGAAAGGACAACCUUCUGCACUGGAAAACUGGCUUCGAGAAUUUGACAAACUCUUUAUUGUAGUUCGAUGUCCCGCGAAAUUUAUGGUCGAUCAGGCUACAUUUUAUCUGGUGGAAGAUGCUGACUACUGGUGGACACAUAGUAAGGCGAGGCUGAUAGAAGAGAAUGAUGGUGAAUUAAGCUGGGAACAUUUUAGGGGAGCGUUAAGGGAUCAAUUCUACCCACCUCACGUGAGGAAGGAUAAGUCAAACGAGUUUGCUAGCUUUGAAAUGGGGAAUUUAACAGUGGAUGAGUAUUAUCAGAAAUUUAUGGAAUUUCUGAAGUUUUGCCCCCAGGACGUCCCGACUGAAACAAAGAAAAUGCAACGCUUCGAACUGGGUUUAUCGUACGAGAUUCAAAAACACAUUGAGACCGAUAGGUACGAUACUUUAGACCAGUUAUAUAAGAGGGCAACCCAAAUAGGAAAUGUUAUUAGGAAGGAGCAAGAGAAGUUGGCCCAUAGUGGGGACAAGAGGAGGGAACCUAUGUUCCAGAAUGCAUAG